UCCAUCAGUCCCUCCAUCCACUGUCAUGACGCAAAGAACCCGGAAGACGUGUGUUUGCUGUCAAUGCCAGCGACAGAGGAGGCAUUGAGCGCUAAAAGCCCCCGCAUCUAAGACAAGAUGGCAGGACUGCCCCGCAGGAUCAUUAAGGAAACUCAGCGUUUACUUGCAGAGCCUGUCCCAGGCAUCAAGGCAGAUCCAGAUGAAGGCAACGCCCGCUACUUUCAUGUGGUCAUUGCUGGACCUCAGGACUCCCCUUUUGAGGGGGGUACAUUUAAACUUGAACUGUUUUUACCAGAGGAAUAUCCCAUGGCAGCUCCUAAAGUACGCUUCAUGACCAAAAUAUAUCAUCCCAAUGUAGACAAGUUGGGAAGAAUAUGUCUAGAUAUUUUGAAAGAUAAAUGGUCGCCAGCUCUGCAGAUUCGUACAGUGCUGCUAUCUAUCCAGGCGUUACUAAGUGCCCCCAACCCUGAUGAUCCCCUAGCCAAUGAUGUUGCAGAGAAGUGGAAGUCCAAUGAAGCUGAAGCCAUAGAAACAGCCAAGUCAUGGACCAGGCUUUAUGCUGGAAACAAAAAUGAAGUGUAGAGCAGUCUAACAAGUGGAAGUCAAUUGUGAACACUGCUCACGUUCUGCCAAGACCUCUUCCAACUUCAUUUCCAUUUAAAGGACACGUUCUUAAUAUACAUAUAUAAUAUAAAAUAAACAUGAAUAUAUUGUAAAGGAAAAACAGCUGCUGACAAUUGAUGAUUUAAAUGCACACUAAUGAAAUGACUUGUCUUUGUCCUAACUCACUACUGUUCAAAUGCAUGGGCAGAGGUUUUAGUCCUACUCACGUGGCUUUCUAUGUCCAUUGAUUUUCAAAGGCUUUUGCCAACUGCUGCUUUAAAACAAGCAUGUUUAGCAGGGGAAAGAGUGUCCUAAGUGGAACGUGUGUGGAGGAGAGGAGAGACUGGCUAGAUGUGGCCCAUAGUGUAUACUUUUUAUAUUUCUUUUUACUUAGUUUUAUCGCUGUUUGUUUAUUAAAAGCAGCUAACUACUACUAGCCUACUGUAUGUAGACACUCACCUGGAGGCAGACCAGUUUUUUGUAGACGGCCUAGCAGGACAAACAAUCUUAGCCCUACUUAUUAUUUAAGUCAUCUGGCUGCAUUAAAAAAUAUGACUGAAAACCAAACUGAGCCUGCCACUGUCACAUUAACUUUUUCAACCACUCUCUGCGUAAAGUGUAGACUUGUGGAUGGUGUGGGAGGGAAGCGUGGACACUGUGGACCUUUUUUCUUAGUUUUAGCACAUAUGUUUUCUUACCAUAUCCAGUCUUUUAUAUGUGAAUCUUUCUCCUGAUUGCCAAACUAACUACUUUGUACCCCCCGGUAUGUCAUCAUAGUCUAAUGUUACAAAACUCAGUGGUUUACUUCUUCCAAUGGCAUUUAUUUCACAAAGCAGUUGUUACAUUUGAGCUGUCAAUUGUUUGAUGAUGCGAGUUCGGGUGGGUCUCAUCUGUAUGAGAGGAGGUGCUGGGUCGUUACGGGAUCAAACUCCAGAAGAUCAAUGAAGGCUUUGCCUCUCAAUUGUCGUGAUAGGUCUUUGGCUGAAAAGUCUGUAUUCAGUUAAGUGUUUGUAAAUUCAUUCUUUCUAUUAAUCUGGGGCAGAAAUGUUUUCCUACACUCAGAAUGCUCUGAAAGAGUCCACCUGCAUACCAUUAUGUUCUGUAAAUAAAUCUGUUGAUUAAUA